UUUAAAAGCAUUCCCAUGAAACCAAACGCUUGCGCCGAAUGUAAUGUUGUUUUUGAAACAUUCGAAUUCCAUCCUUUGUUGUCGACUGAAGAACUCUCUCUUUGGUUUUCAUUUGUUACCCUCUGUAUCUGUUGUUGAUGCCAAAACAAUCAGUUUUGCCCCUGAAUUCAAGUCCCCUGUUCUUCAAUCCCUUCACCAUUCCUUACAGAGAUGCUCCUCCAUGACACACCUCAAGCUUCUCCAUGCCCAAAUCAUUCUCCACGGUCUCCUUUCUCACGAUUUCACUCUUGGAAAGUUGAUCUCUUUCUGCGCUCUUUCAGAAGCUGGGGAUCUUCGCUACGCCCAACUUGUUUUUGAUCACAUCCUCCAACCCAAUAAGUUUAUGUUCAAUUGCUUGAUCAGGGGAUACUCCAAUUCCCAGCACCCAAUCAAGGCUAUUUUUCUCUACUUUCAAAUGGUGCGCUCUGGGUUUCUACCCAAUGAAUUUACCCUCCCAUUUGUGUUCAAGGCUUGUGCUUCUGAGCUUGCGUAUUGGGAAGCUCUUGUUGUCCAUUGUCAUGCUUUUCGACUGGGGAUUUUGUCUCAUGUGUGUGUUCAGAAUGCUCUGAUCAAUGUCUAUACUGUUUGUGGUUUGGUCCAGCGUGCCCGCCGAGUGUUUGAUGAAAUGUCUCUUAGAAAUCUGGUGUCUUGGAAUUCGAUGAUUGGUGGGUAUUCUAGAACGGGAUUUUGUAAGGAAGCGUUUUUGACGUUUCGAGAGAUGAGAGAGUUGGGAUUUCACCCUGAUCACUUUACAUUGGUUAAUCUACUGUCCAUUUGUUCAAGAAGCUAUAACUUGGAUCUUGGCAAAUGUGUGCACCUCUACAUUGAGAUUACUGGGAUUGAGGUUGAUCAGAUUUUGAGAAAUGCUCUGCUUGACAUGUAUGCCAAGUGUGGGAAUUUGCUUUCUGCUUGGAGGAUCUUCGAUCGAAUGCUUGAAAAAAACGUGGUCUCAAGUACUUCUAUGAUUAGCGCUUACUCAAAACAUGGACUUAUUCGCAAUGCUCGUGAUGUAUUUGAACAAAUUCCAAAGAAGAAUGUUGUCUCUUGGAAUUCGAUGAUCUCGUGUUAUGUCCAAGAAGGUAAAUCCAAGGAAGCGCUGCUUCUUUUCCAACAGAUGUGUGAGACACCCAUCAUGCCUAACGAGGCUACUCUAGUUAGUGUUCUUUCAGCAUGUAGUCAAAUUGGUGAUUUAGCCAUGGGACAGAAAGCCCAUUGUUACGUAUACAGCAACAAUAUCAAGAUAACUCCGACUCUUUCAAAUGCCCUCAUUGACAUGUAUGCAAAAUGUGGCGCCCUUGAAACUGCCAUGGAUAUCUUCUUUGAGUUUACCAGUAAGAAUUUGGUGUCAUGGAAUGUCAUUAUCCAAGCACUUGCAUUACAUGGCUAUGGACAUGAGGCACUCAAACUAUUCAAUAUGAUGAACACAUUGGGGAUCUGGCCCGACGAAAUCACAUUCAUAGGAUUGUUGUCUGCUUGUAGUCAUAGCGGUCUUGUCAAUGCAGGACGUUAUUUAUUUGAGAGAAUGAGUUCCAUUUAUGGUAUUUUUCCAGAAAUCGAGCAUUAUGCAUGUAUGGUGGAUCUGUUAGGGAGGGGAGGGUUGUUGGAGGAAGCAAUGAGGCUGAUAGGAGGAAUGCCAAUGAAGCCUGAUGUCGUUGUGUGGGGUGCUAUGCUCGGUGCUUGUAGGACUUACGGAAAUGUCGACAUUGGGAAUCAAAUCCUAAAACAAGUACUGGAGUUGGAGCCAUAUAGUUCAGGACUCUACGUGCUUCUUUCGAACAUAUAUUUUGAAGCGAAGAGAUUGAGAGAAGUGAAAAAUAUAAGAAAGCUAAUGAAUGAGCAUGGGAUCAUAAAGUGUAAAGCUGUUAGCUUGAUUGAGAUUGAUGGAUGUAUUAUUGAGUUCAUGGUUGAUGACAAGAGACCUGAAACAAGCGGUAUAUAUACAUUGCUGGAUCAGUUAACAGACCAUUUGAAGUCGGUGGGGCAUUUCUCGAAUCUCACAGCUGCCUUUUGGGAUGUAGAAGAAUGUUAAUGGUCCACCAAUUUCUUUUGCUGUCUUGUUUCAUACAUUCAAAAGAGGGAAGACUAUUCAGACAGACUGACUUGCAUCUUGGAAACAAGUGUUGGGUUUAUGGAGCUGAAUCGCGCUCAGUCCAAACCGGGGUCGAAGCUUGGUUUGUUGGAGUUCGAGCAAAACGCGAGAAGUCCAAGUAAAUGAAGCACAAGCGCUGCAGCGCCAAAGGAAUAGAAGUGCUUCCAACUGCAGCACCAAAGAAGCUUACAAUAUACAUGCUGCGCACCAUAGUUGUGAGGAGUGCUAAUUCUCGAGCUUGGAUCAAAGUCUUGUGCAGUUCAAGAAUCUUCGGGUCUUCUAGUCUUCAGAUCUUGUUUUCAGGGAGUCUUUCAUUUGCUGGAGUCUCCUUUGAAUUCUCAUCUUUUGACAAUGUUUCUCCCUCUCAUGACCCUCUCUGGUCUUUCAUUGGCCUUGGGCUUGGACUUGAUUGAUUUUGGUCCAACUACUGGACUUGACUAAUUUAGGCCCUGAAUUUCGUUCACUUUGGGCCCAGUUUUUAAUGGAUUUUAGACCACUUGGAUUUGGCCCAA